AUGACCGUUCCCCUCUCCCGAACGAUCCAGUACAUGCGAAGCCAGCUACGAUCGUUCCGACGGUUCCUGACUGCUCAGGAGACAGCAGUGCAUAAGAAUUUUGAGAUGGCAGAAGACAUCAAGAAUAAGCUUGCGACAUGCGAGGUUGAGCUCCAUACCUUACAAGAAGCCAGUGCUCUGCAACAGCGGUCUCUUGAGUAUCGUAAGAGUCACAAUUCGACAAUAAUCUUUGAUCGAAACAAGCUGAAGUACAUGCGUCGUGCUCUCUUUAAGGCGCGUGAAGAAGCCAGUACAAAAGACGACAAAGACGGCAUUACACGGGCAAAUAGGAUGCUUGACCUUAUGGACGAUUUGGACCUCUAUAUCAAUGAUUCCCCGGUGUUUGUGACAUACCGAUCUGCUUUUAAGAACCUAAAGGGAAACAUACUAGACGGUGAUGCAAAAGUUCCAGAGAGGACUGCUCAGAUUAUAGCUCAAACGAAGAUACUACGGCGACUUAUCGAUGGCGGUGAAUCUCGACCUGAGGAUGAUCAAAUCCUCCCAGAGACUCUACAAACCUUGGCCAAGGCCAUUAUUAUCAACAGACGAAUUACAUCUGUUUUGCAGGCAAAACGUGUGACCAAGGAGAAGACGCCUCCUACAAAACUCUUGCGAGGCACAGCUAUCGAUGAUGAGAUGAAGAACGACAUCAACACAGACUUGGCUGACGAUGACUUUUUCGAUGACCCGUAG